AUGGAAGUUAAUUGCAGAACCAAAAUUUCAAAUUUGGUAACUUUCGUGUUUAUUAGUCCUUUUUGCUUCGGAAAUCCAACAGCCACUGUUAAUUCUGACGGAAGUACCUCAGCAACUGUUUUCUAUGCCUGUUCAGCAGCUAUCUUAUUUGUUACCAUCGGAUGCUUUUCUGCUCAGCCGAGAGGAGAUCCUUUUGCAAGCAAAAUAUUAAUUGCGAUUUUAGUGAGUUUAAUGGUUGCAGGAACAGUUUGGAUAAUGAUUCUUCUCGUAUUAAUUUUUUGCUGCAGAUCAUGUGACAUUGUUCGGAGACAGCAAUUCAAGCACAAGAGUAUAAGCCUGCAGUUAAUAUUCUUGUGGUUUUCUGGUCUGGGUGUUCUUCUUCGUACAGGGAUUAGUUUGGCAAUAAUUAUUGAUUGUAUCGCUGUCAAUUCAGAAACAACUUCCGAAGGAAUUAAAGAAAUUUUCUAUACAUUACCUAAAAUAACAUUUAUGUUGUUGCAAAUGGGCGCCAUAACGUAUUUACGAAAUACAAGAUUGGAAGGCGUUCUUCUAACUAAUUAUCUUAUUGCUGUUAUACUUUUGGUCAAUUUAAGCAUAUGGAUCAAUUUUGUAACAGUAAAAAUUGCGGAUAUUUACACUUUUGGAAAGGUUAAUUCUUCAAUGACCAUUCCAAAUGCUACUGUUUAUGAUUAUUGCUACUGGCAUUCUAAACUCCAAAACAUAUCGAGGGUACUGAAUCCGUUUCUUCUAAGCAUUAAUAUGCUCUUUCUCUUGAUAUCAUCUAUGUUCUUAGUUCGAUUAUGGCCCUCGGUCGGAAGUAAAUCGUGGAUGGAACGAUUUAAAGUUGACAAAAACUGGAAAGACAGUGAUUCAACAAGAGAUAAUAACGACCAAAUUAUAGAUAGCAAUAGGCAAAGAUUGAAAUCCGUCAAAAUCACGUCCUUUUUUGUUGGAAUAUUUUUGGUUGCACCAUUUUUUACCAUGUCUGUGUUGAUGAGAUUUGUGUACUUUAAUGAAAUUAUCACAGUAAAGAAAAUUUGGGAUGUGUCCGUUAUUGUUUGCCUAGCGAUAGCGUUGGUGGUAGUUCUCGUUGGUAUACAAAAUCUUGACUCUAUCUCUCCCAUAAAAUUAACAAUGUCGACAUGGGACGGUGUUCUGCUGUGCUGUAUGGCCGGGAUCGUAGUCAUGAACAUAAUCGGAAGCAUCUCCGCCACGUCGUGUUACGUGGAAAGGUCAAGUACAAUAUUCACAAAAAAUGUCCUUCAUUUAUUUCUGACGUUUUAUCACAGUGUUUACAUUAUCCUUGCCAGAAGAAUCCCAGCUAACAUUCUGAGAAACUCGGUGGUAUCCUUGUCAAUUCAUGUUAUAUUAUUUGUGUCAUAUCUUGGGCGUUGGUUACUGCAGACAUUUUUGUUAAGCAGACAUGGAGAGUACCUUUUAAAGGAGGGAGAGGAUUGUGUAUUUUCAACGAAAGAAUCCUGGCUAAUCUUUCAAUAUUUUGCAAUACCUCUAAAUGCAUUUUAUGAUUUCCAAUCAUUUGUAUUUUAUUACAGUGUUAUAUGGUAGAU